AUGUUUAUCAACGAUCCCGACAAUAUGGAUAGAGAAGCCGUCGAGCAAGAAGCCAAGCACUUUCGCAAAGUACUCAACACCUUUGCUUUAUACAAGAAGCACGCCUUAUCCACGAACAAUCGUCGCAGAGUCGACUACCACUCGUUGCCAGAACGUCAUAAGGCGCUGAUACCGGAGUACUUGGAAAAGCUGAAUAUUGUAGACAAAGCAAUUUCGAAAAAUUACCAGGUCCUAAAGCAAAUUCUUGCUGACGGAAGGCUUUUUGUAGGAGAAGAAAAAGAUGACCCCAAUUCUAGUUUAAAUGAUUAUAAUAAAGAAUCAACGGCUUCCCAAGUUACGGAAUUUGAUAUGGAUAAGUUGAGAAGCACAAUUAAACAAUUUCUAAGAGAAUGGUCGUUAGAAGGCCAACCUGAAAGGGACACCACCUACAAACCGCUUCUCGAAUCAUUAAUUGAUUACUUCAAAGACGUUCCUAUUGAAAAAAGGCCAUCUAUUAAGGUGUUAGUUCCUGGAGCCGGGUUGGGUCGGUUGGCUUUCGAUAUUGUUACACAGGCUGUCAAGGAAAUGAAUUUUCGUUCUACAUGGAUCGAAAGAAUCCAUCAAUACGAAAUAUAUCCCUUCAUUCAUUCCUUUUCAAAUAUUAUCUCUUCCGAUGAUCAGUUACGGCCUGUAUAUAUUCCAGAUGCAUUGCCAAGUAGUGUCCCUCCAGACGCUAAUUUCUCAAUGGUUGCUGGUGAUUUCAUCGAAAUAUACGGAGAGGAUCAACAUACUGGACAAUGGGAUUGCAUAGUGACCUGCUUCUUCAUUGACACUGCAAAGAACAUUUUAGAGUACAUUGAAAUAUUUCAUCGCAUUCUGAGACCAGGUGGACUGUGGAUUAACAUCGGGCCAUUGCUUUAUCAUUACGAGAAUUCUCCUGGCGAGAUGUCAAUUGAAUUAAGUUUAGAUCAAGUGAAGAAAGUAGUGAAGGAUUUGGGAUUCCAAUUUCAAACUGAAAGAACAAUUCAAACUACAUAUACUGCUAAUUCUAACGGAAUGCUUAAAUACUUAUACGAUU